AUGCGUCUCAUCAACUGCUCAACACUACAACUGGAAGAGUUCUUCGGUACAAACAUCCCGUUCUAUGCCAUUCUCUCGCAUACCUGGGGCGAUAAAGAGGUGUCGUUCGCCCAGUUCACCUCGGGUCAGCCUCUUGUCGGAUCUGGUUAUCAGAAGAUUGUCCUCACUUGCCAGCAGGCGAUUAAAGACAAAAUCGGCUACGCAUGGGUGGACACCUGCUGUAUCGACAAAAGCUCUAGCGCGGAGCUUUCCGAGGCAAUUAACUCUAUGUUCGCCUGGUAUCAGAAGUCAGUCCGCUGUUACGCGUAUCUUUCUGAUGUAUCUAAACCCAGAAAGGAUCAAGACUUCCCUAAGAGUAGAUGGUUCACACGAGGAUGGACACUCCAGGAGAUGUUAGCCCCAUCAACGGUUAUCUUCUACGAUCAACAGUGGGUUGACUUGGGCUGUCGGGGUGACCACGCCGAGCAAAUCUCGGAAAUCACAGGAAUAGAGGAGGGGGCUUUGUGCACUGGAUGGGGGCUAAGGUUCAGGGAUAACAAAUUCGGUUCCUAUUGCGUCGCGACGAGGAUGUCAUGGGCUUCGAAGAGGCAGACGACACGUCCGGAGGACAUGGCCUACUGCCUCCUUGGGAUCUUCGACAUCAAUAUGCCGCUUCUGUAUGGAGAAGGUCACCGGGCAUUUCGUCGUCUCCAGGAGGAGAUUAUCCGGAAGGUUGAUGACGAUUCCAUUCUUGCCUGGGCUCUAUCGCCAGAGGCUAGGGACCCUUCUGGUCUGGAGCUUAUUGAUAGGGACGACCUGUACCAUACAACUAAAGAGGUCGACUUUUUGGCUCGCUCCCCAGAAGACUUUAAAGACUGUGCCGACUUGUCUCGCGCUACGGAACCAUCCACCCUGUUCACAUUGACCAACACGGGCUUGCAGAUCCAAUUACCACUUGUGAAGUUCUCUGAAUGCACCGAUUUUCACGGUCGCACGGUCGGAGCUUUAGGCCGGGUAUGGAUCGGACUACUUGGUUGCUCGACAACGGAAAGCGGAAGCUUUUUAGGCAUUCUGCUCUACCCGUACGGAGACGAGAAUGAUUCUAGCGCAAGAGUGGUUCGCCAAAGGAACAUCUACAGUACUGUUAUCGUUAGUCCAAGAGUCGCGUUCGGUUCGGUCAGUAAAACAUUGACAAUUGCUGGCUUUAACGGGUUCCAAGCAGGAAGAGACUACGACUAUGUGACCGAUGAGCAAUUUGUUGUCAACGAAUGCAAGACCAUCCGCAGCCUUGGUUAUCAACUCCAGGCCUUUUCUGCAUGGACGCAUUAUCAGCUAGGAGAAUCACUACGGGCUUACCUACCGCUUUGGAAUUCAGAAGCCAAGAUUCUUACCAUGACAUUUGAUGACCCGUUUAACAGUAUGUUCGAAUUCGGGUUCGAAACAUCAUCGAGCGGUCAAAAUCCCAAGUUCACUGUCUUUGUAAACCGAACCGGUAGAGGUACAGUAAGGGAAGGAGAUAUCUUUUCAGACGAUGAAAGGCUCGCUCUAUACAAUAUUCUCAGGGACGACGGUCCGCCUUAUGACGAGAAUCGGGUCUAUGAUAAGGGUGAUGUUUUGGUACAUGACGACGAACAACGCCGGUUGCAUAUUAGCGUUGAGGUCCACCUCAAGACUAUAGGCCAUCACCAUCUGUUUGGGGUCAACGUUGAUGCUUUAGGAGAUGGAUUUUCGGUUGAGAAACAUCGUUGGACCCUCAAGCGUAAACAGGCGCGUUGA